AUGGGGGAACAAAAAAAAAUAUUAUCUCGUCCCAUUUUCCGCCGAGAUGUGAGCUGGGAUCCUUUCCCAAACUGGACGCAGUCAAAUCGAAUCUUUGCGCAGGACUUUGGCCUCCCUCCUUUCCUGGAACCUAGGGAUCUGGACUGGAUCGACUGGUCCAAGAAGAGACUGGCUUCUUUCUCCUGGCCUGAGUACGCACAAACUCCCCUUCUGCCUCCAUUCAGUGGUCGGCCCCCUGCGGCAUUGAACCAAAAGGGUCCAAGACGACUGGCAAGUGGAGUGACAGAGAUCCAAACCGGGCAGGACAGCUGGAAGAUUAACCUGGACGUCAAUCACUUCUCGCCUGAGGAAAUUACAAUCACCACCAAGGAGGGUUAUUUGCAAAUAUCAGGAAAUCAUGAAGAAAGGCAGGAUGAGCAUGGAUCUGUUUCAAGGUGCUUCACCCGGAAAUACAAGCUGCCAAAGGGGGUGGACUCGCAACACAUCAGCUCUUCGCUGUCUGGUGAUGGGCUUCUGUCCGUAGAGGCCCCCGCUCCAGGGACAUCCAUCGGCAACACACCCAAUGAGGUUGUGAUUCCAGUUGUGAUUCCAGUUCAGAUCAGACAGACGCCGGACGGUGAAAAGUGA